GUCUGACUCCCCUGCACUAGGAGAUUGCUGCCUUAGUAAAGACUGAGUGUUAUCCUUUGUUUUAGCAAAGGUUUUCACUGGCUGAUUAAUAUACUGCCAUAGGUGCACUUCACAUUAAAAAUAUUAACCUAAGAUCCAAAUUAGUUGUUAAGGAAACUAAUAGGAAGCUUUUUCUCUUAGGUUAUGUCUGAAAUACAGGAAGACCUAUGAUAUAUUUUUCAUUAUGGUUUCUGCCAUGGCUUCUUAAGGAGGGUCUAAUAACCUCUCAGGAGGUGAAUAAUUGGCCACGUGCAUCACGUAUGUUCUGAUCUUUAGAUUAUUUUGACGCACAACUUGAGAUUUAUCUUCCAAAAUUAUGUUCUUGUUAGUUGUAAGACUGGAUCUUCUUGAUGAUGGCAUGAAUGUCCAGUUCUGUUUUGGAUUGCUAAAUGCUUGACUGUGUUAAUGCCUCAUCACUGUAAAUUCCAGAGCUCAACUAAGUUUUAAGAAUAUUUCAGCCUUUAAGGAGUUUGCGUUUCUUACAAAUACAUUUAAUAGACUGUCUCUGUGCUCUUGCAUUGAUUUAAUUCAAAAUAGAAAAAUUAAUGGUAAUUCCAUUUCAAUCAAAGUUCAGUAUUUCUUCAGUCAGGAGGGAGAUGUCUGUCUUCCAAGGAAGGAGGAAGGCAGCAAGAGGAAGAAAUAAACAGUGUCAAACCUAAGAGUUAAAACAUCUUUUGUAUUUGAAAGAAGUUGAGUCUGAUUUUAAAUUUUAUAUGAUAUAUUCACUUCCAGAUACACUGCCAAAUGAAUAAGCAGAGGCUUUUCCAGUUUGCACUUUUUUUGUGGCUAUGUGGGUGUCUAAAGUCUGGAAACAGACUUGCUAUCAACGUCUGUGUAUGAGCUUUGGGUUUUCUUCCAUUGUGCUUUGAAAGUGUAAUUUUAGUUGCAUUUAUGUGCACCAUAUGCCACACAUUAGACUGUUGUAAUUAAUUACUCAGAGAAAGAACAAAUAUUUGACUUUGAGUAGAACAAGUAAGAAGAAAUGUCACUUAUCUCCCAUUGACUGAAUAAAUAAAUAAUUGAAUGACAUUGGUUGGUUGAUUUAAAUAGCAGUAAAUAUUGUUUGAAAGGAAGAAAAAAUAUUUUGAGUAAUGUAAAAAAAUAAUUUAAGAAUAUGUAAUGAACAUGUAAUACAAACACUUCAAUUAAAAAUGUGUACCUGAAAAGCUAGGACAUUUAUAAAAUUUCCAACACCUACAACCCCGGGAUAUGGGAGAACCUCAGUAUUCCUCUGUUCUUAGACUGGAAUUCCCAUGUUAUCUCAGGUACCAUGAUUUGGUGUUGACUGCUGGCAGUUGUUUUUGUUGGUGUUUGGUUUUUUUUUCCCCUCUCUGCUGAGGAUCACUAUUGUUUCAAAUUGUUUUUCAGCUGCGGUUCCAAGCUGCCAUCGUUUUGGCUAAUGCUCAGCGCAGCGCAGGGGCCACAGGCAGGAUGGUGCCUCCUGCAGCCCCUGGCACACUCCUCUGUGGGUGAGCGGGGAUGAGGGGGUCUUGGCAUUUCACAGCCUGGGGACACUCUCUGUUUUAUCACAGGCAAUUAAUGGAUGUCUGUCGCUAGAGAACUUAAAUGAAAACGUGAUAGAAACAGCAUCAAAAGCUUUCUGGAAUUCAGUGUAGAACUUCUCCUUUCUGAGCAUCGCAAAAGGGUGGGGUGGGAUGGAGCAAGAAGGCACAGAUCACAAAAUGUUUUUCUUGGCCUGCAUGGUGCUGUUAUCGAUGUCAGUAAAAACGUUCCUGCUGACCGGAGUACAGUUGGCGUAAACCCCUGGCAGGUUGUCUGACCCAAGUGCUCUUCCUCUGGUAUCAGAUGCAAGCAUUUAAUUCCUGGCUCAUGUGUACUUCCCUUAUAGUUUAUUUUUACCAAGUGUUUCCAGCACCGGACGCUGUGGCAGGUCCUGGAGGCAGAAGCAGCUGCUGCUGCUUCCCGGCAGGCUGGGCGCUCCCGGCUCCCUCGCCCCGGCAGCUGACGGGCGCUGCUGUGGUGACGGGGCUCUGGGCACAGCCUUCCAGCGCUCGACAACCGCGUUAAUCCCAUACGCAGCCUGGGACGCUACUGCAAGCAGGAAUCAGGUUUCCUCCUGAGGACAGUGAAUAGCUUUCUGUAAUGCAGGAUGAUUGCAGAGGUCGUAUGUGAUACUUGGUUGUUGCUGUAGCUUAAUUCCGCAAGAGAUUUCACCAUAGCAUUAACUAUUUGUAUUACUCUGAUUGCACUUCUUGCAUAACUUUUUAUUGUGCAUGUUUUGCCCUCUUGUUUUCAUUGUUAAACCGUGACCUCCUGGUCUUGGGUAUUAAUCCUGUCACAAAAGGGUAGUUCUAGCCCAUGUGCAAAUGUGUAUUUAUUCUAUCCCCACCCGUAUACAAGCAUGCAACCAUGAGAAACCAGUAUUUUUAUAUAUGAGUCAUUCAUACACCCGGAUGUGUAACAAAAUUUCACAUCAGAUGAGGCUUUGCUGCAUAUGCACACCUAGAGAAAAUCUGCCCCAGGAGAAAGAGGGACUUGUGUUGCCUUUGGUUGUGUUGCUCCAUGCUGGCGGCAGUCUGCUACGGAGGGGAUGGAUUUUGAGGAGGAGGUAGCCACUCGUGCUCCUGUGGCACAACCGAGAAGAAAAAGGAACCUUUCAGCUCUUUGCUGCUCAUCUCGUGCCUCUUCCGCCAGCCAGACAAGAAGUCCAAAGCCGUCCCAGAGCCCACAGCCCAAUUUGGGUGACCAGACAGAACGUCUCUCUGAAGCGUCUGCAGAUUCCCUAGAGGCCAUGUCGGAGGGCGAUUCUCCAACCCCCUUCUCGAGGGGCAGUCGCACACGGGCCAGUCUUCCCGUGGUGCGAUCAGCAAACCAAACGAAGGAAAGAUCACUGGGUGUUUUGUAUCUUCAGUAUGGAGAUGAAACAAAGCAGUUGAGGAUGCCAAAUGAAAUCACAAGCACAGACACAAUUCGUGCCCUUUUUGUAAGUGCCUUCCCCCAGCAGCUGACAAUGAAAAUGCUGGAAUCACCCAGUGUGGCCAUUUACAUCAAGGAUGAGAGCAGAAACAUAUACUAUGAAUUGUGUGACGUGAGGCAUAUUCAAGACCGAUCUUUCCUUAAAGUUUACAACAAAGAUCCUGCGCAGGCGUUUAAUCACACUUCCAGAGCUGUAAAUGGAGAUAUAAGGAUGCAGAGAGAAAUCGCUUAUACGGGCCGAGAUGGCUCAAGCGCUUCCCGCCCCGGAUCUGCCAUGCAUGCUCCACAUGCAAUGCCCAGCUCUCCACCCUCCACCCCGGUGCCCCACUCCAUGCCUCCCUCUCCAUCCAGGAUUCCCUACGGUGGGGGCCGGCCCAUGGGUGUGCCAGGCAACGCCACCAUCCCCAGGGACCGGCUCUCUAGCGUGCCAGCCUCGCGCUCCAUAUCGCCCAGCCCAAGCGCCAUUUUGGAGAGACGGGACGUGAAGCCAGAUGAGGACAUGAGCAACAAAAGCCUUACCCUGGUCCGAAAUGAAGGUCUCUAUGGUGACCCCUACUUGUUUCAUGAGGGGAGGAUGAGUGUGGCUGCACCCCACUCCGGACACCCCCUCGAUGUCCCCGAUCACAUCAUAGCCUAUCAUCGCAGUGCCAUGAGGUCAUCAAGCACUUACUGCAACCCCUCUAUGCAGCCUGAAAUGCUGGAGCAGUCCUUGUACAGACAAAAGUCACGGAAGUACCCGGAGAGCCACUUGCCCACUCUCAGCUCCAAAACGCCUCCUGCCUCCCCACACAGGGUGGCUGACCUGAGAAUGGUCGAUGUUCAUCCUCACCACAGCGCCCACAUUGCCCCUCACACCAUCCAGCCCGACAGGUCCUCCCCCAGCCGCCAGUCCUUCAAAAAGGAGCCGGGACCACCAGUGUUUGUGGACACGAAAGCACGGAGCAGCCUCGGCAUGGCAGAGGCAGUGCCCUCCCCAGUCGACAAGCAGGCUUUUGGCUAUGGGACACCUGUGAUGCCCAAGGACAAGGAGACAAGAGAGAGGAUACAAGCCAUGGAGAAACAGAUUGCCAGUUUAACUGGUCUUGUUCAGUCUGCGCUUUUUAAAGGGCCAAAUACAAGUAAUAGCAAAGAUGCUUCUAGUGAGAAGAUGAUGUUGAAAAUUGUGUCCAGCAAGAGCAGCAUUGACGCUACAGGUGCUGCUAACAUACCUGGGGGGAAGAAUGCACUGGCACCUGUGGAGUCAGCUGUCACCCAUCACCCUGCUGCAGCUCCAUCAAUGCACAUCAGCCUGCACGGCAUGAAGCGCAACGUGUCGGACCUGCGGCUGCAGCUCCAUCAGAUGAAGCAGCUACAGUUGCAGAACCAGGAGAUGCUGAGGGCAAUGGUGAAGAAAGCAGAGCUGGAAAUCAAUGGCAAAAUGAUUGAAACAGUGAAGAGGCUUGAAGAUCCUGUGCAGCGACAGCGCAACCUGGUGGAACAAGAAAGGCAGAAAUACCUCAACGAGGAAGAAAAGAUCGUAAAGAAGUUAUGUGACCUGGAGGCAUUUGUUGAAGACCUGAAGAGGGACUCCACUGCUUCCAGCAAGACAGUUACACUGAAAGAUGUGGAAGAUGGAGCCUUUCUUUUGCGUCAGGUGGGGGAAGCUGUUGCCACCCUGAAAGGAGAGUUCCCGACAUUGCAGAAUAAAAUGCGUGCGAUCCUCCGGAUUGAGGUAGAAGCCGUGAGGUUCCUAAAGGAAGAACCACACAAGCUUGACAGCUUGCUGAAACGUGUGCGCAGCAUGACCGAUAUCCUUACCAUGCUCAGGAGACAUGUUACAGAAGGACUGCUGAGGGGUGUGGAUCCAUCCCAAGCCGUGCAGUACAUGGAGAAGGCCACUGCAUCUGACGCUCUGAAAAACCAGGAGGAUCCCAAGCACGCCCAGGGACAUGCACAGCAAAACCUCACAGCAAUCACAUCAGAGUCCCAGGUGUCAUCAGUCAAGUCAGAAGUCAUCCCCUUCUCAACAAUGACGGUCCACCAUGUGCAGAGCUCACCUGUUGUCAUCCAUCAGUCUCAGCACUCAUCAGCCCUGGUCAACCAUGUGCAGGGUUCACCCACCGCAGCCAGCCACAGUGAAGGUGUGCCAGACACUGGACACCCCUCGGCCACCCCACCAGCCCCCACACAAGAGCCCGCAACAGGAUCCCAGCCCACACAAGCCACACCAGCACCACAGGUCUCUGUCAAUGGCACCACCAUGCAAAGUCUUUUCAUUGAGGAAAUUCACAGUGCAAGUACCAGAAACCGAGCUGUAUCCAUUGAGAAAGCUGAAAAGAAAUGGGAAGAGAAAAGACAAAACCUUGAUCACUAUAAUGGAAAGGAAUUUGAAAAGCUCUUGGAAGAGGCGCAGGCCAAUAUAAUGAAGUCCAUUCCCAACCUGGAGAUGCCUCCCCAGCCAGCAGCCCCACCUAAAGGUGAUGCAGUGGAAAAGCUGGAAGUCUCAGAAGAAGUUCUUGAUGGAGAACAGGAUAGUGACAAACUGACCAAGUCUCCACCUCCUCCACCUCCACGGCGCAGUUACCUGCCAGGUUCAGGACUAACCACAACGAGAUCAGGAGAUGUCGUCUAUGCAGCCAGGAAAGAGGCUGCUGCUGUCAAGGAAUGCAGUGAAGAUGCUGGGCAAAUAGCACAAUCCAAAGUCCAUAAAGAGGAUCAGGCAUUGCCUCGGAGCACAGGGCAUGCUGUAGCAUCAGCUGCAAAAGAUGAAGAGGAGGAGGAAGGGGAUAAAAUAAUGGCAGAAUUACAGGCUUUCCAGAAGUGCUCUUUUAUGGAUGUAAACUCAAACAGUCAUGCUGAGCAGUCCAGAAAUGAUACACAUGUUAAAGACAUAAGGCCUGGGACUUUAAUGCAUCACAAGGAAAAGAAGGUGUAUGGGGCUACAACAGGAUCUCCCACAGAUAGUGACCACCCAAAAGAGAAGAGGGAAGGGAAAACUGAAGAAGAAUUGGGUUCUGAUUCAUCCAGCACAGCAGACAGUAGAAUUGGCUUUUCAAUGAAUGACAAUCCUACAUUUAGCAAGGGGUUGUUUGUAGACAGUAGAGACUAUUCUAAGAAAAACCUCCAGAAUAUGAGCGCAAACCUGUCUGGUGUCAGUUUGUCAGAGGAUGACAAACGAAGAGGGGCUCAAGAUGUUUUAGGGUCCCGUUUUCCAGCUGUUGAAACUGGAAAACAAAAGCCAAACUACGAACUCUCACUAGACGCGCGGCAGGGCCUGCCGCACGGGGAAACCUUGCAGGGCGUGGGCAGGCACGUCCCCCUCAGCGGCGUUGUCCCCAUCCCGAGGCACACGCAGGAGGCUGCGGGGCCUCAGCCGUCCUCGCAGGAGCAAGAAACUUCAGCUGUCAACUGCGAUCAGGUUGUGUUGAGACCCAGAGUGUCCAGAAGUAACAGUGUGAGCAGCACCGAAGAGUCAGACUCUCCAGCUAGCUCUCCAAGUGAAGACAGCCCACCCACAGAAAACAUCGCCUUCAUGAUUACUAGAACAGCUGUCCAGGUCCUCUCGAGUGGGGAAGUUCACGACAUAGUCAGCCAGAAAGGUGGAGAUGUGCAAACAGUGAACAUCGAUGCGAGGAAGGACGUGGUGUCAGAGAAGGGUAUCCCAGAAAACACGGACAGCGAAGAGCCGGUGGUGUGUCUGGACAAAAAACCCGUCAUCAUCAUUUUUGAUGAACCAAUGGAUAUUAGGUCAGCUUAUAAGCGGCUUUCUACAAUUUUUGAGGAAUGUGAUGAGGAGUUGGAGAAAAUGAUGACAGACGAAAAGAUAGAAGAGGAAGAGGAGGAGGAAGAUAAUGAAGUACGUGAGAUUUCUGAGAUCCAGAAGGAAGAGCCAUCAGUAGUUAAUGACAGAAAAGCAGUCACAGACUAUUCAGCAGCUCACGGUCUCAACGAGAAAUGUAUACUUAACCUUCAGUCUUCCUCUGACCCCGUGGAAACCAGCCCUCCUGCAGAAGAGGAAAGCACAAAGACAAAUUUAAACAAAUACCAUCAGAUGUAUGGGCUAAACACAGAAGCAAACUUGGACUCUGCUGACAGACAGGAUUCAAAGAAAAAAUUUAAGUUCAAAUUCCCUAAAAAGCAGCUGGCUGCUCUGACACAGGCAAUACGGACAGGAACCAAGACGGGGAAGAAGACCUUGCAGGUCGUGGUCUAUGAAGAAGAGGAAGAAGAUGGGACCCUGAAGCAGCACAAGGAAGCAAAGAGAUUUGAAAUCACCAGGUCUCAGCCCGAGGACAGUGACAGAAGUCCUUCUGCAAAGCAAGAAGGACCCCCGGGGGCUGCAGUGUCCCUGUCUAGGACUGAUGAGAUUCGACAGAGCACAUACCGAACGUUAGACAGCCUUGAGCAGACUAUAAAGCAGCUGGAAAACACCAUCAGUGAAAUGAGUCCCAGAUCUAUCCCUGACAGCACAUACAGCUCUGAGGGAAGCACUGGCCCCUUCUCUGCCCAGACAGCACCAGGGAGCCCAGCCCGAGAGCUGGCGGUGCUGGACGAGAGCCUGGCUGGCGCAGAGCCCCCUCCGUCAGCCCCGGCCACUUCACGAAAGGGCUCCAGCGCUGCCACCCAGACCAGCCGGAUGCCGGUCCCCGCGGCCUCCAAAGCCAGGCAGGGAAGCACGGACAAAGCAGGCAAACAGCACAAGCUGCAGGAUCCGCGCCAAUACAGACAGGCUAAUGGAAGUGCUAAGAAAGCUGGUGGGGACUGUAAGGCUACUUCCCCUACCCUACCUGCUUCUAAGAUCCCAGCCUUUUCUCCCACUUCUGGGAAAAGCAGCUCAGCACCUGCUUCUAGCGGUGACAGCUCGAACCCUCUGAACCCACCCACUAAAACCUCCAUUCCUUCCUCUAACCUCCUCGCUCCUCAGACAGGUCGCAUCACUUACUCCACCUCCCUCAUCCCCUCUGUCUCUAACGGCUCCUCCAAGUUCCAGAGCCCCCCGACCCCAGGGAAAGGUCACCAUCUCUCCUUCUCACUCCAGACUCAGAACGGCCGGCCCCCCCCUCCUUCCUCCUCCACCUGCCCCCCCCCCUCCGCCUCCCCCAGCUCACUGAACCAAGGUCUGAAGAGCAUCAGGACCAUCCACACCCCUAGCUUCACCAGCUACAAGGCACAGAACGGAAAUGCCGGCAAGUCCACCCCCUCCGCGGCCAAGGAGCCGUGCUAAGGCUCGGCCCAGCACGCCUGCGCCUUCACCAGGGCUUCUUGUUCAGAGAAUCCGCAGCCAAUAUCUUAACCAGGGAAUGUAACCGUUUUGCUGUAUUGCUGGAGGCUUAAUACUAAUCACGUGCUAAAUACCGAGUUACUACACUAGAUUUAGAGUGAAGCUUUUUUGUAAAACCCCGUUGCUGUUGUAAUGAUAAAAGAGCAUUUUUCUUCCUAUGGGCAGCGCCUCUUACAAAAAAGUGUGAAGGUGUGUGAGUGAACCUGCGUGCGUGUGCACAGCCGUGUACUGAGCGUGGGAAAACGUGGUUAACAGUUUAGUAAGUUGUUUUGUAUAAAGCUAUUUUUCAUUAUGGGGACUAGAAGUGAACAGAGAUAUACUAAAGUGUGAGGACACACAACUGUAAAACUGAAACUAAAAUAUUUUUCUUUUAUUUUGGUGUUAUUUAGCUUUGUUACAGAUUUCUAUUUUUGUCAACAAAUGUCAUGGUUCCUUUCGAGAUCUUUUUGCCAAAACAUUUUGAUACUAUUGUAAUGUACAUUUGAAAGUAGUAUGCUGGACACUAAACCUCUGCACAAGAAACAGAACAAGACUGGUCUUAGUGUGUACGAGGCAACUCAACCUAUUGCACUGCCAUUCGGAUUAUAUUUAAGAAUUUGCCAAGCCAAGAAAAAAAUAAAUCGCUUUACACAUAGAGGUAGCUGCUGAUUACUUUUUUUCUUCGCUAAAUCCACCCUUUUUCCUUCAGUUUUACUUUCCGGAGCCCUGGUAACCCAUUAAUGUUGGAUUUUAAAGUGUACACUUCUGUUCUGUAUACUGGCAAACUUUUGUACAUAGCUAUAAAUAUAUAUAAAUAAAUAAAUACUGUAUGUGGCUGUGGGCACAUAGAGUAGUUUUACCACACCAAAGUUAAUUUUUAUGCAUGCUUAAAAAUAUAUAUAUGGGGAAGGGUUGAAAGAGAUGGAUAUCAGUCAAAUAGGAAAAAAGGAAGAAGCUUGCAUAGCUCAUGGUUUUGUAAAUAAAUUUAUUUGUAUAACACCAUAAUGUAAUAUACAGAACUAUGAUAAGCAAAGAUCUUUACAAAAAUAAAGGGCUGCAUGCUUAUAUAUUCA